AUGGUCAAGGUCGCCAUCGCAGGAGGCACAGGCGGUCUUGGUCGUGAAGUCAUCGAUGCUCUACUCGCCAAAGGCAAACACCAAAUUAUCGUUCUGACACGACAGGAUCCGACGCAAGUGACUGUACCGGACGGCGUACAAGCGAUUCAACUGGAGUAUAACCAGAAAAGUCAGAUCGUUGAUGCAUUGCGAGGUGUUGAAACUGUCUUUUCUUUCAUUAUCACGGGAAAGGACCCGGGCAAUGUUGCGCAAAAGAACCUGAUUGAUGCGUGUGUGGAAGCCAAGGUCAAACGAUUUGCACCUAGCGAGUGGGUAGGGGCGUCAUCGACAGGAACUCCGUGGUAUGCGGGAAAGGCAGCCAUCGCAGCAUAUCUCGAGGAGAUCAAUGCUGAAAGGAAGGUCCUCGAGUACUGUAGGUUCAUGCCAGGCCUUGCCCUUGACUACCUCGCGUACCCGAAGCAGACCUGCAAACACUUCCCGAACCUCGGGAUGCAAGUCGAUUUCUUCAACUGUCGCGCAAUCUUGCUCAAGGAAGACAAUCCUGGCCGCUUCGGGCUGACGACAGUGAACGACAUCGCCGCGGUCGCAGCUGAAGCAGUGGAUUAUGCCGGAGAGUGGCCUAUCGACGGCGGCAUGCAUUCAGUCAUGUUGUCAGCCCCCGAGUUGGUUGAGAUUGGUGAAAGGCUUAGAGGCAAGAAGUUCGACAUUGAGUACGUAACAUUGGCGCAGGCGCGAGCUGGUCGGCUUCCCACUUCUUGGGCUGCCGAUUUCAAUCACGCUGCCAUACCAGAGCAAUUUAGAGAGUCUUGGAGCCGCACAUUCAAUGCGAAAAUCAUGUAUUCUGUUUACAUGGGUGGCUAUGCUGUUUCGGAUACAUGGAAUCGUCUAUUGCCGGACUUCCAUUUCACGACAUUAGAGGAGUUCUUAGAGAAGUACUACUAG